AUGCCACUAGAAGGAAGUACCAGGGUUAGGAUACUACCAGGUUGCCCAAGCCUAGACAGCUGGAGUAGAAAUGCAGAGGUUGGGUUCGAAGCACGGACCUGCCGGUGGACGGGGAAGGGACUUUGUGCUAGCUUAUCACACUCGUUCCGAGGUGCCCACAGCCCCAGACAUUCCAAUCAUACAAUCUGGAUAGAAAGUGACAACAAGAACGCCACUGACAUCGGUUGGCAGCCACACCUUGUAGUGUCUCCAACCAGGCACAGUGAGGAUCACACGGCCCCAUCCAGCACCAACAACACUCAGGCGUUUAGUGAUCUCUCAUACUCCUCUGCAAAGUCAAGUGUUGGCCACCUCUCUGUUUACGCCACUCUGAAUUGGGCAUGA